UGCAGUCCAAAGUCUAUUUGACAGUUUAAAUGAUUGCGCAUGAUGUUUGUUUUCUCUCUGAGACCCAACGAACUGCAGGACUGAUUCAGUUGAAACAUGAAAAGAAAAACACAAACCAUUAUGUUGAAGCUUAUUACAGUUUUAAUGCUCAAUAUUUGGGCCAUACCAGCAGAUGAUAUACUUUCACCAAGCAUCAACAUCCUCGCUGAACUGGAGAAGAUAACAAACAUGGAAAGCAGGAUUAAAUCAAUGGAAAAUGAAAUGGAACAACUAAAAACAAAGAACACAGCACAGGAGCUGGAGCUGAAGGCCUUAAAUGUUCAAAUGAAUGAGAGAAAGAUCAAAAUGGAUGAACUUGUAAGAGAAAAUCAAGCACAAGCAAAGAAACUGGAGGCCUUGGAUGGUACAAUGAAUGACAUACUGACCAAAACGGAUGAAGUAUUAAAGCAAAACUAUGCGUCAAAAGUGGCUUUCUCAACUUCUCUGUUGUCCUCUCAUGGACCUCUCAGCAGUUUACACACAUUGAUUUACAAACACAUAUUUCUCAAUGUUGGAAAUGCCUAUGAUGCAAGCACAGGAAUCUUUACAGCGCCUAUGAGGGGAGUUUACAUGUUCGUAGUCUUUUCAAAGGCGUAUGGAGGUCGAGAUAAAGCUGUCGUCGCGGGCCUGUUUAAAAAUAAUGAGCAUGUGUUUUCUACAUAUUCAAGACAUGAUGGAGGUUUUAUCAGCGCUUCAAAUGGAGUUUCUCUGUUAUUAGAGAAGGAUGAUCGAGUUAAUGUAAAUCUCUAUCCUGGAUAUUACAUUUUUGACAAUGAACACCAUCAUAGCACCUUUAGUGGACACCUGCUUUUCCAAAUGUGAUUAGAUAUUGCACAGAGUUCAGUCACUAAAAAUUAAAUCUGUUAUUUUAUAUCAAGACAAGAUGUUAACAUAUGAAUGUGUUGUUCUUUAAAAAACACAUCCUUUCAUGUUAACUCAUUUUCAUUCAAGUAUUUAUUCAACACAUUAGCAUUGCUUAUUCUGAGGUAAUAGAGUCAACCGUGGGUUUAUUUAACAAUAAAAAAUAUUUUAUGCAUAUCUAAAUAAAUGACUGUACGAACUGCAACUUGUCAAUUGAUUAAAAUAUGAUAACAAAA